GCAGUGUGGCUGCUACUCCCUGGCUUUCAGUGGCAGACCUUUGAGAUGGCUCUUUUGCCAAUAAAGUUGCACCAAAAACCUCACUAAGAUUUCUUAUGCCUCCAGAAGACGCUGCUGAGCCUUCAAGUUGGUUGGGGCUGCUAUCAAGGGGGAGAGAAGGAGCCCCAAGCCUGGCAAUAAGCAGGACAUGUGCCGAAGCUUCCAGGACUGCAGGUGCCCAGCAGUGAGUGGCAGCCCAUGGAGCAGUGGAUGAACUGCUAGGUGUCUAAGAGUGGCCAGACCCUAUGGAGAGCAGGAGUAACAGAGCAGAUGAGGAUUCCACCAGCUACACCCUGGAGACACAAAAGCAGCAAGUUUACAGCAGUGAGAGUGGUGGGCCUUAUUGAGACUCAGCGACACAGUCCACUCCCAUGGUUAAUUAAACGUCACGGAAGCUACACGGUGUUCCCCUCUGGAUUCCUUCUGAUGACAUGCAAUCCUGUGAUGAAUUUUAGAUUCUGAGGAGCCCCAGGCAGAGUCCAGUAAGAGCACUGUAAUCUCUCUGCUUUGAGAAAAUAGAAAUGGGCAGAACAGGGCAGGGAGAGGAGAGACCUGAGAACGGUGACACUUUGGUUGAUUCUGUUUUGUUUUGUUUUCUACAACAUGUUCCUCAAGAAGCUGAAGGAACACCUUUCCUGCAGACUUCAGUUAUAUUCUGGAGAGAAAAGAAUGAACUCAUUCUGUGGCUGGAAGACUUGAGUUCAAGUCCAGGCUUUGCCACUUUGUGCCCCAGUUUCCUAACCAGUAAAACUGGCCUAAUAUUCCUUCCUGCCUGCCUUGGAGGGCAUUUGCUGUUCGUAGUGAGUGGCACCAGCCGAAAGUCAGGACCACAAAUUCUAGCUCUUUCGCUGGCAAACUCCUGGGUAAACUAGCAAGCUCCUUAAACUCUCUCUCCCUCAGUUUCUCAAUGUGAUCACGCAUGAUCCACUGGCUUCCGUGAGGAUAAAGACGACAGGAGGCGUGAAGGGUUUGGAUAAACACUGUUACAUUGGAUGUAGCCAUCAGGUGCCAACUCAGGUGUGCAAGUGCUCAGCCACAAACAACCAAAACUGGUUUUACUUUAGAUGCAGAGAGAAUAUGCUUUUACGGAUGAAACCGGUUGGCCAGAACGGUUUCUGGCCUUUCUUGGGAAGCUGGGCAGCAGUGUCAGAGAGGAUUUCGCAAAUGAGGACAAACUCUGAAGACAUUCAGGUGUCCUCUCGGGUUCUCGGGGAUCCUGCGGCUCCAGGCGGCUCCCUCGCGCCACCUGGUGUCCGACCCCCGCCAUUGCCCAGAAACCACGUGCUGGAAGGCUUCACUCCGGCUGGCGCCGCCGCUCGCGCGCUCCUGCUCCGCCGCGACCGUCCGGGGGGCUGCUCCUCCCCAGUACCAUGUGUGACGGCGCCCUGCUGCCUCCUCUCGUCCUGCCCUUGCUGCUGCUGCUGGUUUGGGGACUGGACCCGGGCACAGGUUGGCCUCAUCCAGCUUGGGCAAGAGCAUGUGCUAAUCCAGCCCCUCAACAAUUCCCAGGGCUCGCUCAGUGGACAGGAACAUCUGAUCAGGCGCAAAUGGUCCUUGACACCCAGCGCCUCCACCGACGCCCAGAUUCCUGGGCAGCUCUGCAAGGUUCUAACGGAAAACAAGAAGCCAAGGAGGGGCAAGCCAUUGCGAGACUGGCGCGAGCGGAGAAAUGCCAUCCGGCUCACCAAUGAACAUACGGUGGAGACACUGGUGGUGGCCGAUGCCGACAUGGUGCAGUACCACGGGGCAGAGGCUGCCCAGAGGUUCAUCCUCACCGUCAUGAACAUGGUAUACAAUAUGUUUCAGCACCAAAGCCUUGGAAUUAAAGUUAACAUUCAAGUUACCAAGCUGGUCCUGCUACGACAACGUCCUGCCAAGUUGUCUAUUGGGCAUCAUGGUGAGCGGUCCCUGGAGAGCUUCUGUCACUGGCAGAAUGAGGAAUAUGGAGGUGCACGGUACCUCGGCAACAAUCAGGUUCCAGGAGGGAAGGACGAUACACCCCCCGUGGAUGCCGCUGUAUUCGUGACCAGGACAGAUUUCUGCGUACACAAAGAUGAACCCUGCGACACUGUUGGAAUUGCUUACUUAGGAGGUGUGUGCAGUGCUAAGAGGAAAUGUGUGCUUGCCGAAGACAAUGGUCUCAAUUUGGCCUUUACCAUCGCUCAUGAGCUGGGCCACAACUUGGGGAUGAACCACGAUGAUGACCACUCAACCUGCGCCGGCAGAUCCCACAUCAUGUCGGGAGAGUGGGUGAAAGGCCGGAACCCCAGCGACCUCUCUUGGUCCUCCUGCAGUCGAGAUGACCUUGAAAACUUCCUCAAGUCGAAAGUCAGCACCUGUUUGCUGGUCACAGACCCCAGGAGCCAGCACGCGGUGCGCCUCCCUCACAAGCUGCCAGGCAUGCACUACAGCGCCAACGAGCAGUGCCAGAUCCUGUUUGGCACCAAUGCCACCUUCUGCAGAAACAUGGAGCAGCAUCUGAUGUGCGCUGGACUGUGGUGCCUGGUGGAAGGAGAUACGUCCUGCAAGACCAAGCUGGACCCUCCCCUGGACGGCACGGAGUGUGGGGCAGACAAGUGGUGCCGCGCAGGGGAGUGCGUGAGCAAGACGCCCAUCCCAGAGCACGUGGAUGGAGACUGGAGUCCAUGGGGUGCCUGGAGCAUGUGCAGCCGGACGUGUGGGACAGGAGCCCGCUUCCGGCAAAGGAAAUGUGACAACCCCCCCCCUGGGCCUGGAGGCACGCACUGCCUGGGCGCCAGCGUGGAGCAUGCGGUCUGCGAAAACCUGCCCUGCCCCAAGGGCCUGCCCAGCUUCCGGGACCAGCAGUGCCAGACACAUGACCGGCUGAGCAGCAAGAAGAAGGGCCUACUGACAGCAGUGGUGGUUGAUGAUAAGCCAUGUGAGCUCUACUGCUCGCCCCUUGGGAAGGAGUCCCCACUGCUGGUGGCCGACAGGGUCCUGGAUGGCACGCCCUGCGGGCCCUACGAGACUGACCUCUGCGUGCAUGGCAGGUGCCAGAAAAUCGGCUGCGAUGGCAUCAUCGGGUCUGCGGCCAAAGAAGACCGGUGCGGGGUCUGCAGCGGGGACGGCAAGACCUGCCGCGUGGUGAAGGGCGACUUCAGCCACUCCCGGGGGACAGUGAAGAAUAAUCUUUGUACGAAGGUGUCCACGUGUGUGAUGGCAAAGGCUGUUCCCAAGUGCUUCUCGUGUUACAUUGAAGCUGCUAUCAUUCCAGCUGGAGCUCGGAGGAUUCGCGUGGUGGAGGAUAAGCCUGCCCACAGUUUUCUGGCUCUCAAAGACUCCAAUAAGAGAUCCAUCAACAGUGACUGGAAGAUAGAACUUCCUGGAGAGUUCCAGAUUGCAGGCACGACCGUCCGCUAUGUUAGAAGGGGCCUGUGGGAGAAAAUUUCUGCCAAGGGACCAACCAAAACACCCCUGCAUUUGAUGGUGUUGUUAUUUCAUGACCAAAAUUAUGGAAUUCAUUACGAAUACACUGUUCCUGUAAACUACACUGCUGAAAAUCAAAGUGAACCAGAAAAACCCCAGGACUCGCUGUUCAUCUGGACCCACAGCGGCUGGGAAGGGUGCAGCGUGCAGUGUGGAGGAGGGGAACGCAGAACCAUCGUGUCCUGCACGCAGAUUGUUAACAAGACCACGACUCUGGUGAAUGACAGUGAUUGCCCUCAAGCAAGCCGUCCAGAGCCCCAAGUCCGAAGGUGCAACUCACACCCGUGCCAGUCACGGUGGGUGACAGGCCCAUGGAGCCCCUGCUCAGCGACCUGUGAGAAGGGCAUCCAGCAUCGGGAAGUGACCUGCGUGUAUCAGCUGCAGAACGGCACACACGUCGCCACUCGCCCUCUAUACUGCCCUGGUCCCCGGCCAGCGCCAGUGCAGAGCUGCGAAGGGCAGGACUGCUUGUCCAUCUGGGAGGCAUCUGAGUGGUCACAGUGUUCUGCCAACUGUGGUAAAGGGACGCAGAAACGAACGGUGACGUGCACCAACUCACAAGGAAAAUGCGAUGCGUCCACGAGGCCGAAAGCCGAGGAGGUGUGCGAAGACUACUCAGGCUGCUACGAGUGGAAAACUGGGGACUGGUCCAAGUGCUCAUCAACCUGUGGGAAAGGCCUGCAGUCUCGCGUGGUGCAGUGCAUGCACAAGGUCACCGGGCGCCAUGGCAAUGAGUGCCCUGCCCUCUCGAAGCCGGCGGCCUACAGACAGUGCCACCAAGAAGUCUGCAAUGACAAGAUCAACGUGAACACCAUCACCUCCCCUCGCCUCGCUGCUCUGACCUACAAAUGUACACGGGACCAGUGGACAGUGUAUUGCCGGGUCAUCCGGGAAAAGAACCUCUGCCAGGACAUGCGGUGGUACCAGCGCUGCUGCCAGACUUGCAGGGACUUCUAUGCAAACAAGAUGCGCCAGCCGCUGCCGCCACCACCAAGCUCAUGACACAUGGCCCAGUGGUCCCACGAUGCUCUGACACGAGGUCUGAGUCCUGACGACAUGGCUAGUUGAAAGCCCACCCACCUGAGAGCACACCAGUCCUGCGGCCGGGACCCCCCAAAGCACACUGCCGCUCACCCACAAGGCUGUCCCAAGAAUCCAGUUGCAUAGAACUUGAGAGUGGACUUGGCGUUUGCCGUUAGUGCUUCUAUACUUAAUAUAUUAUUAACAGCCACUGGAUGGCUUUCUACAGUAAGGAAAAAAUAGGCAUGAGUCACAAAAUAAUUGUAAUGUCUAAGGUUCCAUGUACCUCAAAGGGAACACCUCUGACAGACAGUUGUCAAAAGAGAGAGACGUCAUUGAAUGCCUUUGUCUUGGCUUUCUUUUGACGUUUGAAUUCCCAGUGCUUGAUGUACCACGGGGGGAGUAUCCAAAAAAAACGAGACAUUUUACAUUAAAACAGGCUUUAUUCUGAAAGCCGGCGACACCCUGGAUGGAAGGACAGAUGUCAGGGAGCCUCUGCUAUUGGUUUCUCCAGCGAGGCCCGGGCUGCCAGAGCCCUUCUUGACACCACAAGAAUCAGCACUUUGCCUCUCUGCCCAUCUCGGAGAACAUGUUCUCUAGAUCCUGGGCCUUGCCUUGGAAACCAUGUCCCUGAGAGUUUGAAUCUGUGUAAACCAACAAGGACACCAGGGCCACAUAGUUCUACACACCACCCAUGUGAGGGAGAAUAUUCCGGAAGGGUUUGGGUUUGGCUUUGGGGAGGCAUCUAAUUUUCAGAUGUCUGCUGUCCACCACAUAGGGAAACAGAAAAGCCUUUCUCCAAGGUGCUGUGAAAUGGGACACAUGCUAAUUUCGGCUAUGGAAUUGCUUCCUGGCAUAAAGGUGAGCUCAGGACCGCUUUGUCAGGGGUGUAUGGGCCUCCCCCUCUGCCUUCUGGGGACCUCCUCUACUCUAGCCAGUACUUCAGAAGCUUUGCACCUUGUAGAUGGCUUCCCAUUGACCUUGGUCAUCUAUCUGAAGUUGAUUCUUUUUAGAACCUCUGAGGACUCAAGCUCAGGGCUGGCUGCCUCACCCUGGCACAGGGUGGGUUUCCUCCAGGGGCCACUCAGCCUGGUGUGCCAAGGUCAGUGGAGGAGUGCCACCUGGCCAGGAUCUCGGCACGCUCACCCAACCUCCCUGUAGCCCAGACCUUGCAGUACUCAUUACUGUCAUGCUGUCAUUGAUGCGUCUUCUUACUGGGACAAGAAUGACACUCAGAAAAGCAUGAAGAAGGUCUUUCCCUCCUACAGUCCCCUCGCCCUGAAAACAGAGCUGUGCUCUCUCUGGAGCCCGGGGAGAUGACAAGAGUGGCCUCUCUGAGAGUGCAGAAGAUGGUAGGACCCUGCCUUUCCCGGGCACUGGGAGGAAGGGACCCUAGCCUGGAAACAGGGACCCUAGAUGCCAGGAGGUCUGUUUUGCUGACCAACUUGGUGGGUGUUUGAUGGGUGCUUAUGUUCAAGGACUUGACCAUGAAAAAGCCACCUUCUCCUCCCUUAUUUCAGAGGGAAUCUCAUUUAGGCUAAUCUCCAUGGGAUCAUCUCCAAGUGCUUCUUGAUUUACUGGUGCUGUGUUUGUGUAUCUGUUUGUGUUUUUUAUGUCACAACGUUAGGAUCAGCUUAAAUCAGAAAGAAAAAAAAAAUUCUCUGCCAUCUCAAGGCUGUCUCAUGAGCUGUGUUUUGGUUUUUGAUUUUUACUACCCCAGAGGCAGAGAAGUGGUCAGGAUGGCAGGGAAUUUAUUCAGUUCCACUUGAAUCAAUGAGAAGUAUUGAGAAACCUCCUUAGGUGCUCUGUGGAAAGAACCAAGAGAACGCCAUGACGGAGUGGCCCAUCUUGCAGUGUAACCCAGUGGUCGCUCCAGGGCCUAUGCAAAACGCUGUCCUCCUCAGCUCAGGCUUGGCUGCCAGCAGACUCCCCAAAGCCCCGUUUCCACAAAACGCUCAAAAUCUUGGGGAGCUAGGGCUCAGUUUUCCCCCAGCCCCAAAUGGGCUGUACUUCACUGAAGAUGGACAGAAAGCUAUCAGCCUUUGGGGCUGAGGGGCAGAGCCGGGACAGCCAGCUGAGGAAGCCAGGGCAAGCUUGCCUGCUCAUCUGCCUGGGCCCAUGGGCCCACCAGAGCUGGGCAAGCAUGGGCAUGUGCCCACAGGCAAGCACUUUCCCUGCUGCCUCUGAAUUUCCUCCCUGGCCACCCUGACUGUAUCAACUGGACGCCCCUGACAAGGGCCUCACAACCUCAGAAUGCAAACGAUUGACUCAGUUGUUAUUCCACACCCAUUGGUUCCCCAAAGUCCGUGUCUUUCUGAGCUCUUUUGGCUCAUGCUGGCACUGUUGCUCUGAAACUCACCAGCCCGCCUUCUGUUUAUUACACCAGCAGUGAUUGAUUUCCAUGAAGCCAUCAUGGCAGUCUUGCUCUACUUUGUACAGAAGACAUUGAAACCCUGUGAUUAUAACAGUGACGCUUCUUUAUUGUUAACGAUACCCUGUACUGUCACUCAAGUACUGUACCUUUUUGGUUGCACAAAUUACUAACUACAGAGUCUUAUGACUUUAUGGUGCUAUUUUCAUUGGUGCAAAUGAAACCUUCUCAGCUGACCAUGGCUUGAUAUAAUCAGAACACAGGGAAAGAUCCUCAAUAGCAAUAAUAUCAUUGCUUUGUUCUCUUUUCUUCAUUUCAGAGUCAAAUGUAUAUAUUUUCCAUUAGUUAACUUACAUUACGUACUGUACCCAUGGUAUUUUUGUUUUACUUUUUGGUGCUGGUUUUGAAAGACAAAAAAAGAACAGAAGACAAACAUUGGACACUACUGUAAAUGAAAAAUUAAUCAUUUCAUUGGAAGCGAGUUGAAUAUGUUUAAUAAAAUGUUUUUCCAUAACAAU